CGCGGAACCUGCAAGUCUCCUGCAUGGACGUGGCACUGCCCACCUUCCACCGCGCCACCUCCAUGGAUCUGCGCGCGCGGGCACUCCACUUAACCGUGUUCGCAAAGCCAUAUGCGGCGAGCAAUGGCUGCUAUGUCCCCUUCCGCUCGCUGGAGAGACUUUCCCUCUCGGGAUGCCACAUCGAUCUGGCCACCUUCAUCCCGUUCUGCCCGCGCCUGCGCGUGCUCCGGGUGAACACCACCGGCCUGAUAGACAUGAGCAACAUUGCGGUCCAGUCCGCGUCGCUGGAGGAGCUCGUAGUGGAGCACGGCAAUAGAUGGACCCGCCGUACCCAUGUCAGCAUCGACUCCCCUGUGCUUAAGCAACUGACAGCCUCCUUCCAUGCCUGCGGCAACAUCGGGGUGUCCAUCUUGGCACCAAUGCUGGACAAGGUCUGGUGGCGGUGCUCGUAUGCCAAGCCGAUUUGUGGCCUUGGUCUUUGGGGCCUCUCAGAGGUGGGCUUGAACACCGAAGAGACACACUCUGGGAGAGACGCCUGUGUGCAGCUCUCUAGCGUGCAUGUCCUGUCCCUACACCUAUCUCCUGUCCAGGAUUCAGUUAGCUUUCCAAAUGCAGAGCUCAGCUUUUUUGCGGCAGAGAUCGAUAAACAUAUGGUUACCAACUUCUCUGGUCUGGACCUGCAUCUCAGCACCAAGGGCCAUGUGUUUGGAGCUUUUGUGCUGCGUCUCCUUGGGAUGCAUCGUAUUCGUACAGCCUUACGGAACCUUAAGAUUGUCCUGCUAAGAUCAGAGGUGAAAGAUGCAUGCACAGUAAAUUGUCUCUGUGAUGAGCCUAAGAACUGGAGAGCAGAAACUAUCACCUUGGCUGAUCUUCGAAACAUGGAAAUUGAAGGCGUCGACGGGGAAGAUCACGAGUUUGAUUUCUUGAAAGUGAUAUUUAGAUGUGCUCCAAUGCUUAAAACAGUGACUGUGAGGCUGUCAGAUGGUGUCACUCCAAGUGUCGACUGGUGCACAAAAGUAAACAACAUCUUCAUGGCAUAUCCUUCUGUCGAAUGCAAUGCUGAUCUGGUAAGGAGGGCCAAAGCUGUGUGUUGAUAUGAUUGUCUGCGGAUUCAGGGUGCUCAUUAACAAGAUCGUCCUCUGCGACGCAGACCAACUCCUAUCUGUUUCAGGAUCUUGCUUAAUGGCUUCAAUCUAUGCUACAUCCUGUUAUUUUACCACUGUAGUGCAGCUACAGACUCAAAGUGGUGCAGUCUCUGAUGUACUCCCUCCGUAAAUUAAUAUAAGAGCGUUUAGAUUACUACUUUAAUGAUCUAAACGCUCUUAUAAUAGUUUACAGAGGGAGUAAUUCCUAGCAUGGUUUCUAUGGCCUUCAGAUAUGUGGUACUGACUCCUUUUGGUUGGCUGGCCUGAAUAUUAUAUUUUUAAGU